AUGACUGCAAUCAUUCGUAAGAAAUUGGUUGUUGUUGGCGAUGGUGCCUGUGGAAAAACCAGCCUAUUGAUUGUAUUCAGUAAAGAUCAGUUUUCGGAGGCAUAUGUACCAACAGUCUUCGACAGUUUCGUCUCGGACAUAGAAGUGGACGGCAAAGAAAUAGAACUAACCUUGUGGGAUACAGCUGGUCAAGAGGAUUACGAUCGUCUGCGGACUCUUUCUUAUCCUGAUACCAACGUCAUCCUCAUGUGUUUUAGUAUCGAUUCUCCUGACAGCCUGGCUAAUAUUCGCGAAAAAUGGAUUGGAGAGAUUAGUCAUUUCUGUCCCGGAGUUCCUAUUGUUCUGGUCGGUCUAAAGAAGGAUUUACGCACCGAUCCGGGCACAAAGAGCCAACUGAUGCGAAUGCGCCAAGAACCUGUCAGAUCGGAAGAAGGAGCUGCGAUGGCCGCAGAAAUCAAAGCAUACGCGUAUCUGGAAUGUUCCGGUAAGCUCUCUCUAUAUAUCUGCAUAUAUAUCAAUUCAAUUUUUGCAACCAAUAACCAUGCACUUAUAGAGGAAUUAGUUUAA